CUUGAUAAUGACGUCAUCAUAGUUUAUGUUUAGCAAAAAAGACGUUAUAGAAUUACUUUUAUCAUUUUAUUAAGUUUUCGUAUGUACAAGGAACUGUACAAUGGUUUUACAUGAACGUCAUCAACGACAUAAAAAAACUAAAAGUAUUACUAUUCUUUUAUUAGGUUAUCAUUUGAAGUGAGUGAAGCAAGACGUAACGAUACAUUUUGGCGGCAUUGCUCGAAGCCACAGAAAUAGAUUUCUUGUGCAAUAAUCAGCUUGUACUAGUCCGUUUUUAAUUUACAUUUCGAUUGGUGUGUCGACAACAGAGUGCUAGGUACAAUUAACUUAAGUGCUUAAAUAUGCAGAAGUGAUGGUGUUAUAAUUUUCAUAGUGUAAAUAUAUUCUAAUAAUGGAGAACCCGACAGUUAGCGGAUUGAGGUCAAGGUCCCGGUCGAAAACACCCUUUUUACGUUCCAGCUGCGACCGUGAGAGUUGUGCAGAGGGUGGAGAACACAAACACCACAAAUCUGGAAGAAAAACUCCUGUAAAACGAAGUACGCCGAUCAAAGAAACUGAAACAAAGCCCAUAGAAUUGGUACAGGAAGUUGAAGAGGAUUUGCCUCCCGCCUACCGCACUCGGAACUUCACUCGGCAAUCGGAAAAGCUUAUCAAAACCUCCGACUACUCCUCAGAGGAGAGUCUAGACAGGCUGAGAGGAAAUAGAAAAGAAAUUUACCAGAACGAGAUCAACAGCCAGUAUGAGCGCGUGUCGACGAGUUCUCAACGCUACAGCACGCUCGCUGACGUCACGCUCAGCCCAAUACACACAUCGCGUAACGUGACCCAGGACAGGUCGACCCGUUUCAGCAGUCCAGCGUACAGCGCGUGUUCCACGGACAGCUCGUUCGCGGAACAGGCCCUGGCUGACACGAGCGCGCUGCUGGACCGCGAGCCUACCACCGAACAUCUUCCCUACCGACUCUAUAAGAUGGCCGGGGAGUAUUGGAACAAAUACCCUAAAACGGACUACACAUAUUCACCGCUGUCCCGCGACCGAGUGGAGCUGGCUCCGGGUCAGGUCGCGGUGCCGAACAUGUCGAGACGGUCGCUGUCGCAGUUCCGCAUACAGGGACCGAACACCCUCGAUGAGCCAGACAUUCCGGCCACGUCAGUUUGGAAGACCAGUGCACUUCGAAAGAGGUUUACUAAUGUAGACAGUUCAGACGACGAGUCAUACCUUCGUAACGGCGCCUACACGAAGGCAGACGAGCGGUGGUGGAUCGCUCGCGUGCUGGCCGCCGUUGUUACCGCCGUCACCACUGCAACCAGCAACGCCUAUCGGAAAGUAGUGGGGCCCUCGCACCGAUACCCCUACACUGAGAGAAGACCGGCGAGAAGUGGUCUCGUAUCACGGACAGCAUCUGUUGCUGUAGCACCGUUUUAUUGGAUCUACACGCUGAUUAAAACGGUCAUUACAACAACUGUCACUACAAUUACAGAAACGGUAUCGUCAGGCCAAGCUAAUGAAAAGGUGAAGUUAGCGGGACGGUAUGGAGAGAAGGCAGUAGCCAAGCGGCGCUGGUGGCCCUGGUUGAUGCUACUGUUAUUGCCCACAUUUGGAUAUGGCUAUUACAAUUACAAAGAAAAUUUCCCGAAGAUUGAUUUCGAAGUUUUCUCAAAAGAGAAUCUUAUCGCUGACACAUACAAACCGCCAGAGAUAAAACAAGACACGGAUUUAACGAAACGUGUGGCGGCUUUGGAAAAUUGGGCGUUAAACGUCGACACGCGUCUGAAAUUCUACGAUCAGAAACUAUCGAAGUUGGACAAUCUCGAAGCCCAAAUCGAGCAGUAUUCAUUCACACAUUUGCAGCAAAAUCUCAUUACGAUUUUAAGUAGUAACGACAACAGCGACGCUAUCGCCGCCAAACUUAAACAACACUUCGAUAAAAAUUAUGUCACGAAUGAGCAAUUGCAAACUAUGAGUCAGGAGAUACACGAGCGACUCAUUAAUUCUUGGAAACCUGAAAUUAAUGAGGACAGUAUACGGGGAAUAGUCCAAGAAUAUCUGUUGUCUAUCGAGCGCCGACAAAUGGAAUUAAUCGUGGAGAAGGUCAAGGAAUAUGUAAGGGAGGUACAGUCGCGGCCAGUGGAGGUUAAGACUGAGGUAGAUUUCGAGGCAAUAAAAAAGAUGGUUAUUGGAAUGUUAGAUGUUUAUGACGCUGAUAAGACAGGAUUAGUUGACUAUGCUUUGGAAUCUGCUGGAGGUCAAGUAAUCUCGACGAAGUGCACGGAGCUGUACCAGAUCAAAACGAAACAGUACUCGAUCCUGGGCCUGCCGGUGUGGUGGGUGUACACGUCGCCGCGGUACGCGCUGUCGCCCGGCGCCAUGCCCGCCGAGUGUUGGGCCUUCCAGGGCUUCCCCGGGUAUCUGGUGAUACGGACGUACGCAAUCAUUGAAGUGACCGGUUUCUCGCUGGAGCACAUGUCCCGACUGCUAGCCGUUGAAGGGAAAAUCGAAUCCGCGCCCAAAAACUUUUCCGUUUACGGGCUACACGGCGAAAUGGACUCAGAUCCUCAUCUCUUCGGCGAAUAUAUGUACGAUGCAAAUAGCACAUCUAUACAAUAUUUUCCAGUAAAAUAUCCGAAGACAACAAACAUAGGUGGUGUCGAAUAUCCCGUAGCUUACGACAUCAUAGAACUCCGGGUCGAAAGCAACCACGGCAAUCCGACUUACACCUGCGUCUACAGAUUCAGGGUCCACGGCAACCCACUCAGCGAUAUAAGGAGAGCGACAGAAGAUAGCAUAAGAGACAGUGAAUCUUAGCGGAAACAUGUGACAGUUCAGUGUGUUUGUGUGUUAAAUGUUCAUGAAUUAUGAAAAGUCCAGAAACAAAAUAGUGUUCCGUAGGUUAAAUAACCGUGGCCUUAAACAACAGUUAAUAUUAGAAGUCUAAAGUACAAAUGUGUUGUCUUAUAAUAAUAUAUAUGUAAUAGUAACUUAAGUUGAGAUUUGUGCAAUGAAACGACACAAAUAACUAUAUUUAUAUAAUGAACUUUGUUGAUUGUCUUUUGAAUUUUUGACUCUUAUGUAAAUGUAGAGUACAAGUUCUUACAUAUAUACUUAUGUAUACCUCAUACAUAAGUAUGAUAAUGAUAUUAACAAAAUCAUGAUAAAUCAAAAUAAAAUUUAAGGAAUACAAAUCAUCAUCAGUUUUUGAAUAAUAGAAUAAUAACUAAUUGAAUAGUAAAGAUCUGAGAACAUUUUAAACUUAAUGUAGGUAAAGUAUUUUAUUUAUUUAAUUGUAUGUCUUAUUUAUGGUCGUUUCAGGUGCACAGACCUUAAGAACCUUCUGUGUUAGAUUAUUUCUCUGAAUCUGUUGAAACACCGCACAACGCUCGUUAAUAUACGCUUAGUUGUUCUGAGUACUUUAUAUUGAUAUUUGUAUGUAGUUUUUAAUAUUUUAAGUAUUGAUUUAGGUUUUUAAACUUAAUAUUUUAAUAUUUUAACAUAUUAAACAAGGGUCUAUAAGUCUAUUAUACGAGUUGCAAUGUCAUCACAAUUUUUAAGCAUGUCUUUUGUAUUAUAUAUUUUUACAAAGUUGUACCACUUGUAAAUUAUCUCUAAAUAUUAAAAAUGUGCUAAAUUUUCUGUUUCCACCGAAUUUUUGCUUGAAAUAGUUGUUAAUUACAUCACUAUUAUCCUUACACUAUAUCAAUUUACCUAUGUAAUCGCUACGUAUUGUAGGCUUGUCGGUCCUUGGAUUAUUUAAAGUAGUCUUAAUGAAGGAGCUAGUCCAGUUAGACGUUAGUAAACUUUAUGCCAACUUAAUUUUUAACGGUAUUUCAUUUGUCUCAAACUAACAUAGUUUUAAAAUGAGCCCAACGUCAGUGCUGACUUGAAAAUCUUGAAUGCAAAUUUAGUUGUUUUUUUUAGUAUUUGUUCCAACUUGAUUUUGCACAAAUCUGUUGUCAUUUUACAAAAUUAAAAUUGUUUAUUCACAUUCCCUUAAUAUGUCAUUAUCCAUUACGUUUAUAACUUUCUUAAUCCUAAUCUUUCUCAAGCAACAAACUAAUAUAAUAUCAUGUUUUAACUGACGAAUAUACCUUAUUUAUAUUUACAGUUACUAUGUUAGGUUAUAAUGUCUUUUUAACUAAUCAGUUACCACUAACUUUUUAAUAUUUUCCGCAAUUUUGAAUUUUUAAAGAGUUUUAAAAUACUAAUUUUAACCAUUUAUUGAAGCUUCAUAUAUCUGACAAUGACCAUUAGUAAUAAAAGCAAGGCGAUUGGUUUUAUUCUGAAUUAUUUAUUUCUACUAUAUAGAUAUCAGAGCUCAGGGUUUCCUGAAUAAUAAACUUGUAACUCUUCAGGUAUUUAUCAAUAUAAAUUUAAAAUUUAUUAAAUGUUUAAUGUUUUAACACAUUUUACAGUCUUACUUAUUAUAUACACAAUAUUUUUCUAAAACAUAUUGAUAAAUGUUACUUUUAAACUUUACUGUAUUUUAUACUGAUAUUCAUGAAUUUUAACUGUAACUACUUUUAAUUAUGUCGAAAUAUUUGUGAUGUUCGAAAUAAAAUUUAAAAGAUC